UCUAUUAUUGAACAGGGCUUGGCCAUUCUGUAAAUAUCUUGGUCUUGGUUUUUGUAUCCAACCUUGAAAAUGACUAAAGUGAGCAAUGAAGAUGUGGAAAUAAGAAAAUUACCUGCAGGCUCAACUUUUAAACUAUGUCAAAUUCUCGAGAGUGGUGAUGGAUGGAGACAGUUGAUGGCUGCAAUACCAAUUUCAUGUCAAGAGGGGAAUCCACCAAAAUACACAGUUGAACAUAUGAAGUUAAUUGAAAACGCAGGAAUGUGCCAAAAACGUCCCUUUUCGGAAAUACUUCUUGAGGAAUGGAGCACUAGUGGUAAAUGUCGACCAACUGUUUCUGUGUUGCUUCAGUGCCUCUUGAAGGCUGAAUUGUAUCGUGCUGCUGAUUAUGUCGCUGUUGAACUACUUAAAGUACCCCCACCCCCGAGGCCACAUACGGGCCCGGCAGCUACCAUCACCGCGGGAGGAGUUGACUUUACUCCCAGUGCUCCUCCCGCACCCUCCUCCCCUCUACCUACCACCUCUGAACACACAGCGGAUCCUGCAGAGCUGCUAGUGUCUCACGUCAAAGAGAUGACCAAAUUGCCCUAUGCACGGCUGGAGGAGGUCACUGAUGGGUUCGCUGCUACACGUCUGCUGGGUGGAGGUGCGUGGGGACAAGUGUACCAAGCCACUCUGCCCCGUCUCGGCCCGGUAGCUAUCAAGCGACUACACCUGGCAGUGACGGGGGGACCUUGGGAACCUCUGCAGCAGUUCCACAACGAGAUUGAUGUUCUGGCACAGUUAUCCCAUCCCAACCUACUGCCACUGCUAGGCUACUCGGAGGAUGGCCCGGCGCUCUGUCUGGCGUAUAAGUACAUGAGGCAUGGCUCCUUGCUUGACAGACUGGCGUGUACGAAUGGGAGGCAGCCUCUGCAGUGGUGUGACAGACUGGUGAUUGGUCUAGGCUCUGCACGAGGUCUGUGUCAUCUACACACGGUGUUGGAGAGGCCCCUUGUACACCGAGAUGUCAAGUCCGCUAAUAUUCUGCUGGACGACAACUUUGUUCCCAAGUUAGGUGAUUUUGGCCUGGUCCGGAUGGGCUCUAAUGCCAACCACACCCAGACAGCGGCCAUUACUACAAACGUCAUUGGCACAUCGGCAUACAUGGCUCCCGAGGCCUACAGAGGAGAUGUGUCCGUCAAGAUGGAUGUUUUCAGCUUCGGGGUGGUCUUAUUGGAGCUAUUGACAGGCCUGCCUCCUUAUGAUGAAAACAGAGAAGGUCAUGACCUCAUAACUCAUGUGGACGACGCUGAUAAUAGAAAUGAACUAGUAGACAAUAGAGCAGGAAACUGGCCUCAACACGUCGUUCAACAGAUGUUUGAACUUUCCGACUUGUGUUUGUAUGAGAAGAAAAGACGACCGUUGAUGCCAGCUGUAAUUGAAAAACUAGAACUUUUGAUUUGCUAGUUGAACAUGAAGAUAAUCAGUAAAAUGUUAGAGGUCAAGCGUGUAACAUAGACUAUAGACCACAAGGACCUAGGCUUUUAGGAUUUUUGUGAGGAUAGGUGGCUUAUAGCAUAGAUGCAAUACUGCAUUGGUAAAUUUCUCAUCCAAAUGGAUCAGUUAAAUACAAUUUUAUUAUUAGUUCCGCACAGUGCACUGUAGCGAUCAGCGUCACCAACAUGAACUAUGCACGAAAAACGAGCUUCAUCAUUUACAAUGGGAUGAGAAGUUUACUUGUGUUGGAUUAAUCUAUGCAUACUCAUAGCAUUGUACAUAGCAUUGAUAUAAGCCCCCGUAUGCUGCAUGUACUGAGCUACGGGUACUCUAUCACUACUAAUGCAAUCAAAAUACAUAAUUGUAAUAUUUGAUUAAGAACAAAUUGUAUUAUGUACUUGUCUAUUAAGCAGGUUAGAAAAUAGUGCAUUACUCUUACCUGAACAUAACUUGAAGUGAAACAAUUAAUGUGCCAAGGAGACCGAAAAACAGAAAAUUUGUGUUUAGUUGUUAUUUGCCGCUUAACCCUUCCCGGACGGGUGACGGAUAUAUCCGCCUAAGUCUUUGGCGAUAAAGGACGGGUGGCGGAUAUAUCCGCUUAUGGUUUUUGAUGUUCCGGACGGGAAGCGGAUAUAUCCGCCUUCUCUUCAGACAGACUGGCAGGUGCUUGAGCAGUAACCAGAUGUUUUGCGGUACCAAAGCGCCACUUCCUGCUCUCUCCAUGGCUGAGCUCUCUCCCACAAUCCCCCCUCUCUCCCGCGCACCCCCCACCUCUCCUACGGUCUUCCCUCGACGUUUCACGCUCAACAUUACCUUGUCUUUAUUGAUUGUUUAAACAUAUUGUUCUUUAUUUAUUGCCUAAAGUUGUCAUGGUCAUAUCUUCAAAGACGGGUGGCGGAUAUAUCCGCUGCUUUUCUACUCAUCCGUGAACGGGUAGCGGAUAUAUCCGCAUAGAUAAAAACUAGUAAAAAAUUAUUUUGACAGUAUGAAGUGUUCCAUUGUGUUUAUUUUAUGUGUACUUGUAUAACAAAACACAAAUAAGGAAAAUAAAUUUUUAUUUUUUCUUAUAAUUUUUUCCAGUUCUAUGUCACGAUUUCGCCUGUCCGGGAAGGGUUAAUACUUUAAUUGCUUGUUAUAUUAUCUAUAGGCCUAUAAAUAAAAAUUAAUCCCUUUUUAGCGAAUUUCCCUAUAGGGAAGUAGCUAUUACCGUAGGUGGCACGAUAAGACCUAGACCCGGGACCAAUUUACUUUUUCAUUUUGAUGUCCCCAGAGGCCAAAAACACCAUUUGUUCAAAUUUGUAUAUAUAUAUAGAGACAUAUAUAUAUAUAUA